ACGUGCCUGUCAUAACAACAACAACAUUUGCGACAGCUGUGCGUGGUUUCUGGCAGGAGUAGGUUACAAAAAGGUGCGGGUUCGUGUGGAGGCAGAGAGGAGAACAACAGUCCUUGGAGGAAGAUGUGAAAGACGAGACCUUCUCAGGAAAGCAUGAGAGAGAAGGGAGAUGAAAGUAUGGUGAAAGAUCUCUCUGGGUUGUAUGAUGGAAGGACUGGGAAAGGAGAGAUCCAUAGGCAGCUCUAGACCCUUCCCAUGGCUCAGUCACCCCCAAACAGAGGCCUCAACCCUGCUAUGGAAACUCAAGGACUGCUUCCCCACCAAUGAGACAACCUCCGCUCAUCACACAGAUAAAGAAAACAAUUACAUGGACAGCAGAAAGGCCGUGCUGGAACUGAAAGAUGUCCCUCCUCCUCCUCUGCACCAUACUUCCUCUUCCCAAUCAUCCCAGCCCUUCUCUCUGGCCCCUCUCCCUAUGCCUCCUCCCUGCUUGCCCUCUCCUCAGCUUACACAAGACUCCCACCAACAACAGCCACAGCAGCAACAAGAGGGGGCUAGCCCCAAAGUAAGCAUUUAUACGCACUGUGACUAUUGCAGCACAGAUGGCUAUGGGUUAUUAGGUGGUGGAAGUGUUGUUGGUAGCAGUAGCAGUAUCGCUGGUGUUGUCUCGGUCUAUAUGGCCCCAGGCUCUCUGGGAGCACCCAUCAGCAGCAGCAUUGGCAGGUCUGACCCUUGCUCUGUAGCCUCAUCUGUUCAUCAGUAUAAACAUCACAUGACCUGCAGAAGCAGAGGAGAAGUUCUUGAUCCUUUGCCCACACUUGGUUACAAACCUCAGCUGUCCACUUCUGUCGCUACCUCUCAGCCUGUUUCAUCACACCCCUACCUCUCCUGCUACUCAGGGCUUCUCCACACAUUCCCAGCUGUACCUCUUCCUUGCAGUCAACCCAGCCUGUUUCCCUCCUCAGCAUCCCCUCUCCCCUGUGUUUCCUCUUUACCCGCUUCCUUGCAUGGCUCUUGCCUGGCCUCCUCUGGCUACUACACCUGUGGUGUGGACUGCUGCCCAUCAGCCAGAAGAUCCCAGGGAAGCACACUCGGUGAUCACCCAAGCACCACCACCAUCACCACUACAACCACCUCCGCACACUUCUGCUCUAAUCCUAUGCACCUAAAUGUAGAACGCACGGUUUGUGUGAAGGGGGCACACUACUGCCAGGAGUGCCUGUUGAAGCCCAUGAAUGGUCUGGCGUCCGAGUCGGACAAUGUGUGGCCCAAUGUUCCUAUUCCCCAGACAGCGCCUAUCCCUGUCCCCAUUUGUAAUGGCUGUGGCACCUCCUCUGAUGGCAUGAUGCUCAUGCCGUCGGCCAGCUUGGGCAAGACUGGCCAGAAAUAUGGUUCUCCAGAGAAUGGUGGUCCUGAGAACAUCCCUCCGGUGGGUGUCUUCUGGGACAUCGAGAAUUGCAGCGUGCCCAGUGGACGCUCUGCUGGAGCUGUGGUCCAGCGUAUUCGCGGCCAUUUCUUUCAAGGCCACCGUGAGGCAGAAUUCAUUUGCGUCUGUGAUAUCAGCAAGGAGUGUAAAGCUGUCAUCCAAGAGCUCAACAACUGCCAGGUUACUGUUGCACAUAUCAACGCCACAGCCAAGAAUGCUGCAGAUGACAAGCUUCGCCAGAGCCUACGACGCUUUGCCGAGACCCACACCGCACCUGCAACUGUUGUACUAGUAUCCUCGGAUGUGAACUUUGCAAGUGAGCUGAGUGACCUGCGUCAUCGCCAUGGUUUCCAAGUAAUCCUGGUCCAUGGCAACCAUACAUCUCCAGCCCUACUGCAGCACGCCCACCGCCACGUGGCCUUCCAGGAGAUCACCGCUGAUCUGCCACCACGUAUGCUUGUCAAAGCACAGCCCAGUUUCAACCUCCUCUAUGUGCACAACCUCCCUGUCAACUGUGACAAGAGCCUGCGGAACGCUGUGAAGCUCAGGCUGCGCCGCCUGUCAGACAACUGUGGCGGCAAAGUGCUGGGCAUGUCCCAGGGCACAGCAGUCCUCCGUUUUGGCAGCACUGAGGCAGCUGCGCGUGCCCGCAAGCGAAUGGAAAAUGAGGAUGUGUUUGGCCGCCGAAUCAGCCUCUCCUUCUCCCCACGGCCCAGAGACGAUGCAAGUCCUGAGCCUGAGCUUCAGUCUCGGCCCCAUCACUUGCCUCAGACUCUGCCCCAGACCUAUCAAAGCCAGGAUUCAAUGUUCGGCCCGCCCCCAUCCAUGCCCUCCUUCUCCUUUCUGCCCCUGGAGAAGCCCAGGUCACCCAGGAGGCCACGGCGAGCAACCCGCCCGUGCCAUGCCCCUGGCCCAGUGCCUGAAAGGCCCUACAGCCCCAGGAGGGGGUGCAGUGGGCCUCCCGGCGGUGCUCCAGCCAAGCCCCAUCAGGAGCUGGGUAGUUCGGAGGGCAAGCCCAGAAUGGGCUUCAACCACCUGGAGAAAGGACGUGCUGCUUCCUCUUCCCCGCACAGUAAUGGUGAGACAGGAGCCCCGGAGCAGCAGCAGCAAAAGCCUGGCCUCACUGGAGAAUCGAUGUACAGGAGGAGAAGAGAGGGCUCCUACCCUCGCAGUGUGACUGAAUCUCCUGUCGAACACGGGGACAGGAGCUCAGGGGAUUUCCAGAUUAGCACACCCUCAGCCUUCAGCAAGUUGAACCUGCACAGGAGCUUCAGUCCCCUCGUCAUGUCCCAGGGCUCCUGGUCAUCCAGGAGUGCGUCGCCCUGCCUGUCCAGCCGGUCCUCGCCCCUCCUGGCCGGCCCUCGUAGCCAGUGUCCUGACGGUCCUACUGAGCCGUUCUUCGAUGGGGCCGAGGUCCAGGUGGCCAACCUGGACUACAGAAUGUCCCGCAAGGAUCUGCAGCAGACGCUGCAUGACACAUUCUCUCGUUACGGACGGGUGAAAGGUGUGGAGCUUAGCCCCCACACUGACUAUCAGCUGAAGGCCACAAUCCAGAUGUUGUCCCUACAGCAGGCCAUAAGUGCCGUCAGUGGCCUGCACCGUUAUAAGAUUGGAGGAAAGCGCAUUCAGGUGUCUCUGAUAACUGGUGGCAGCAACAAAUCCCUUGCCAUGCUCAGCACAGAGAUUAUCAGCAUUCUUCAGGAUGCACCUGCCAAUUGUCUUCCCCUCUUCAAGUUUACAGAGAUCUAUGAGAAAAAAUAUUCCCGUAAGCUUGUGGUUGGGGAUCUGUACAGGCUACCAGAGGUGGUGGCAGUGCGGGAACAGGGAGGCUCAAGGCUUGUGUGCCUACAGCCCAGCAGCCAAAUCCGUCAGAGUCCACUGGGAUCUUCCCAGUCCCAGGAGGGCUCCUCCUCUGCUAGCGGCAGCCCCGUGGUGUUUGAGGAGCUGGAGUACCAUGAACCUGUCUGCAGAGAACACUACACACAGCGGGACUUCAGUGAGGCUGACUUUGACCCUGACUCGUAUAAAAUACCCUUUGUUGUGAUGUCUCUGAGCACCUUAGCAUCUGAGGUCCACAGUCUGUUGCAGUCACAUGAGGGAACGCUUCCAUUACUCAGUUUUCCAGACUGCUAUGCAGAAAAAUUCAGCCCUCUGCAGCUGGGCAAUGAGACACUGGAGGGCGGCGUUCCCCUGGAGCACCUCAUUACCUGUGUUCCCAGUAUCACAAUAGUCACAGCUCAGAAUGGCUUCAAAGUCAUCAAGUGGAUCCACAACAAACCACCAGCACCAAACUCCGAGCCAUGGAUUCAGCGCUGCAAAAGUCCGGUUGGCAACCCACAGCUCAUUCAAUUCAGCCGAGAGAUUAUUGACCUGUUGAAGAGUCAGCCUUCUUGCAUCAUGCCCAUGAGCAAGUUCAUACCGUCGUACCACCAUCACUUUGCCAAGCAGUGCCGUGUCUCUGACUAUGGCUACUCCAAGCUGCUGGAGCUUCUGGAGGCCGUGCCACAUGUCCUGCAGAUCUUGGGUAUGGGUACCAAGCGUUUAUUGACCCUGACUCAUCGCGCUCAAGUGAAGCGCUUCACCCAAGACCUGCUCAAACUGCUUAAAUUUCAAGCCAGCAAACAAGUGGCAAUCAAGGACUUCAUGCAGGCAUACCAUUGGUGCUUCUCCAGAGACUGGAGGGUAAUCGACUAUGGCAUAUGUGACCUGAUUGACCUGCUGACUGAGAUCCCCGACACCACCAUCACUGUUACACAGCAGGACACGGACACCGUCAUCUCUGUUCCAAAGAGAGAGCGUACGGUGGAGGAAAUGGAGCGCACUAAGCAGUUUGGGAAGGAGGUGGUGGACCUGCUUCGUCACCAGCCUCACUGCCGAAUGGCCUUCAGCAGGUUCAUCCCCACCUACCACCAUCACUUCGGUCGUCAGUGCAAGCUCAGUUACUAUGGCUUCACCAAGCUCAUAGAGCUCUUUGAAGCAAUCCCCAACAUACUGAUGGUGUUGGAGUGUGGUGAGGAGAAAGGGCUGACGCUGACAGAAGUGGAGUGUAUCAAGGCUCUGGCGGCUCAGCUGGUCAAGCUGCUUCGUGCUCAGAAAAACUCCAGCCUUCCUGUCAGCCAGCUGCUCACUGAGUACAGCAAGACCUUUGGUUAUGGACUCCGCCUGCAGGACUAUGAUGCCAGCUCCCUGCCGGCUCUGCUGACCAAACUCUGCCAUGUUGUCAAGGUGGUGGAUGGCUCGGGGGGUCGGGAAGUGCAGUUGAUCAACAGGAAGUCUUUGCGCUCACUGACCUCUCAGCUACUGGCUUUGCUCAUGUCCCAAGAGGAGGAGCAAGUCACCAGGGGUCUCAAAGUGGAGGAGCUGAGCCAGCAUUACCUGGCUGUCUAUGGAGCCCCGCUUAACCCAUGUGAAUAUGGGUUCCUCUCCCUCAGCGAGUUACUCAAGAGCUUGCCCUACCUCGUAGAGUUGUACCAUGAGGAAAGUGAUGACAACAGAGCUGGCAUCACUGCCAGUAGUAGUGGUGGUGAGUGGGUGAGGCUGACCGGGCUUUACCAGUUCGCCCGUAGCGUACGCGGCCUGCUCCACACCUACCAUUACAACCAGAUCUUCCUGACGGAGUUCCAGGGGGCUUAUAACAAAUUUACAGGCUGCAGCCUUGAACCACGUUCCUAUGGAUAUACCAGCAAUGAUGAGCUGCUCAGCGCCAUUCCACAGGUGGUGUGGAUCAAAGGGCAUGGUCACAAGAGGAUUAUCGUUUUGAAGAACGAUAUGAAAGCAAGGGCAAGCCCUUCAGUUCCCAACAGCCCUCAGCCAGGAGAGACCAUGGAGAGUCCGAGAGACAGCCCGAUCAGCAACACAACUUCUGGAACCCAGAGUCCAGGUGGCGAUGUUGUGAUAGAAUCCGAGCUGCUGUGUCUGACAUCACCAGUAGACCUACUGUGUGGUCCUGUACCAUCCUGCCUACCGUCACCUCAGCUCCACCCAGACCCUGUUCUCCUCCAGGACACAGACCUGAUUCAUUUUGAGGAGAAAACUCCACCAAAAGUGAGUGAUGAACCUGAUGUGGCAGCUGCAGCCAUCGCUGACAUCACUUCCGAUCCGCCUGGCAGCACGGACGACAGACCUCCGCCGCCCCCCAACAUGAAGACCCCCUUGUCCAUGGACAGUCCCAGCAGAAGAGCCACACGCAGCAGAAUUAAGCUAGCUGCCAACUUCUCGUUCACGGCAGGCCUCUGAUCCUUUUUACACACACACACACACACACACACACACACACACACACACACACACACACACACACACACAAAGCAAUACUAGUUCACACAUAGUGUAACUCUACAUGCAAGAGUUGACCGGCUACACUGACCACACAACACAGAAGUGACCCCAGACGUUGGAGGAGCGUUGGUGUUGUCCCCUCUACAUCCUUUACCAGGCUGUUGCUUUCUUCUUAACCGCUCAUCGGCCAUCUUUGUUCUCUGUUUGCUAAUUUCACAUUCAGCGUGUUCUACUGAUGAUGUUCACCAAGCUGUGAUUUUCUUCUUGCAGAUUUACCUGCAAUUCUUCAAUUUGCCAAAUCCAUCUACUGUAGCCUGUGUUUGAUUUCACCUUCCAGGGAAGUUAAAUUCUAUUUCCAUGUGCAUCUCUUCAUCUGCAGAGUCUAAAGCUGAGUUGGUUGUCACUGUAUACAGAGUAUUAGGUAACGGGAGAAAUGCUAGGGAUGAGUAACUUAAGUUUUCUAUGUUAAAUCCAAGAAAUGGAGUUUACCCACAUUCUCCGAUUAUAAAACUGACAAAUAACAGAAGGUUUAUAGUUCAUAUCCCAUAUUGAGAAACCUCCAUGUAUACUUCCUUGCCGUAUCCCCAAAGACAGAGCAUUUAAUUUAUGACAUUCAUUCAUUUUUAAACUCCUUUUCAAAUUUUGGGAGAUUUUGCUUUGUAGGUAAUUGUAGACAUGUCAACCAAACUGGCCGCUAAGCUCCUGCCUGUUUCCGUCUUCUCUUGGGUAAAGUACUAAGGAUUUCUAAAGAGGUAGCUUCUCUUUGAGGUAUUUCUCCUCUUUUGUCUCUGUUAAGUAGCCUCAGGACAGUUUUUCAGUUCAUUUUAUAUUAUGCAGGGUAUUUAGUAGUCCGUGGAAGAGUUCGGCCUAAAUGUGUGAUGUAUUUGGUGGCAAUUCAACGAUUGAGACCGAACAUUGGUGUAAACAGUUCCGAUUGUGGCGUUCGUUAACGGAAGCUAACAGGUUUUUGAACAGGUAAAGCAUCGAUGGCGAGGUUUUGAUUGAUUGCGACAAGCACUGCUCUCAGGAAUUUUUAUUCUUGUUGCACUUCGACUUAAUUUAUUGCAAAGAUUUUUGACUUGUCUCUCCGGGGCCACUAAUGAAGGCCUGAAAGGGGAAAAAGGGUGGCUCUUUAAUUCUCCGGUCAGAUGUGUGCUCAGGCAGCAGGAACUGAGAUGUACUUUGAUUGUUCGGCUUUUGCCAGCAGCCGGUGUGUUUUGUGUUGGGUUUUUUUUUUUUUUAAGCUGUGUUUUGUCUGUGUGUGUGGUUUACACUGGAGUAGGUGGUGUGAAAUGUGCAUGGUGUGCAUAAAUGAGUUUAUGCAUGGUGUAAGCCCAGGAGGAGCAGACAAGGAGCGGAUGAGAGUAAGACAUUCUUUAAGAUCAGUCUUUUAUUUCCACCAUGUUUUAGGGGAUCUUGGAGUUCACCCUUGCAGUUGCCACAUAAACGCUCAAGGUUUUUAGAGUUAACCUUGUUGCUGGUAAGCACUGCGUCUGCGGUGAUGUCCACUGCCUGAGUUGAAGAGUUCGAGGGGUGGGGGGGGGGGGGGGCAGUGAGCACUCCUGAGUUUUUGAUUUUUAAUGACAAGGUGAUUGGUUGUGAGAUUUUAGGGAAAAAGAGAUGGGGUCGGGAGGCGGUUAGGCUGUUUGUGGAGCACCAUGGGGGUUCUGGGCAGCCUCCUGAACAGACUGUGACGUGCACACAGAGGACCCUCUGCGGCUCUCUGGAAUCUGCCGGGCUUUUACAAUGGCUUGUAUUUGCCACGGUGCCAAAGGAAUCGCCAUCGUACCUCCCCAUCCCUCACAUCUUACAUAGAGGAGUUUUUACUUACUGAUGUGUGUUGUUUUUUUCCUCCGUCUCGAAUGUUUACAAGACUGCUGGCUGCCGAAUUGCCACCAAAUAAUGUCCGCUGCCGUGAAGUUGAGCACGACCGAGGCGCCGCUGAAGUCUCACGGUUGUUUGGGUUAGGUUCAAAGAAUGGGUAAGAGCCCAUUUAAUCAGUUUUUGUCCAGUUUCAGUGUUUACUUCUUUAGCCAGUGUUAAUAAUUUUCUUUGUCAGACUUGAUUUUGGUAUGAAAAGCCUUUUUAAAGCUGAGAGAUUCCACCUGCCAACUCACCAAACUGUCUGAAAUGACAAUCAAAAUGUUUUUAAUUAGGGCAGUCAGGGUUCAGGUCUUCCUGCAAUGUUUUACUGACUGUCUGGAAACCUCUUUAAAGGAAAGAGCAGCUCAGAAAAGUAAUUGAUUUAGAAUUGGUAAUGAUAGAAAGGGGCUGAGAAUGCUCACAUGGUGGAUGUAUUACUUUUUGUGACUUUGAACAAAACCCUAGCUUUCCCUCAGAGCACUGCAGUGGCAACUAACUCGGAUGGAAAAAUGUAACUUCUCUAUUUAGCGUUCUCUCUCCGUUUUAGUUACAUCAUUGAGAAGCUAUUGUGCCUGUCAAAAUAUGCACUUUUGCAUAGUUUUGGUUCAUGAAAUAUAAACGUGAAAUUAGGUAGUGAACCAGGAGGGGUCGAAACAUGUAUUAAUGUGUCUUUGUUUAACUGUAUCUGACCUUCUUGCUUAUUCAGUUUUCACGUCGCACAACAGUUCUACAGUUCAAGAAAAGGUUUCCUUUAUUCAGCAGUGUCCUUCAAACGCCUGCCUUGUGGUUAUUUUUUUUGUCCCCCCCUUACUCACCAGAAGUCGCUGUAACUGUCUUAACGUUGUUAAGGGACCAAAAAAAAAAAGAUUUCUGUUAAUAAAUUUCACAAGCAUCAA